CAUCGGCUGUGUCAUCCCUGCGGGGCGGGCCAAGUCCGGCCCUGGAGUUCUUAUGACACAGCAAGAAUUGGUGGCCUGGCUUCGUGAGUGGGGAGUCAGAGUGACCCCCCAAAGGUUGGCCAUUGCCGAGGCUGUCCUCAACUCCACCGACCACCCGUCGGUGCAGCAAAUCUACGAACGGGUGAGAGACCACUUCCCGUCAAUGACCCUGGCUACCAUAUACUCGACGCUGGGUGUACUGGAAAAAAGCGGCCUGAUUCAGGAACUACCCUUCGCCAAGCAGUCCCGUUACGAAUCGAACCUCGAGCCCCACGUCAACCUGGUCUGCGUAGAAUGUGGCAACGUGGUAGACACCGAACUGGGUCAAGAAGCGGUAUUGAGGCUCAAGUCGUUAAUUUCCCAGGAAUCCAAUUUCGACGUGGCCUGGCAACGUGUCGACUUCCAUGGCUGGUGCCGCCGGUGCGCUGCCAAUCGGGCGCCCGAGGCAUCCCCCGCAUAG